UGCAGAGUAAAGAGGAACACAGACAGCUGUAGUGGGCUGACCAGAAUGGAGGGCAAGAUAUACAAGGGAGGUGAAGACUAUGAACAAGAGUUCAAUCCCCGAGACUACCUGACCACCUACUACAACUUUGACUCGGGCCCGGUGGAAGAGAAGGAAAUCAUAAAGUUUAGCCUGCAGAACCUCUACCAGACCUUCUCUGCUGGAGGUAUAAGGGGCGAUGUCCUGAUCGACAUUGGCUCUGGCCCCACUAUCUACCAGCUGCUUUCAGCAUGUGAGGCCUUCCGGGAGAUCAUCGUCACCGACUACACUCCACAGAACCUGCAGGAGCUGCAGAAAUGGCUGAAGAAGGAGCCCGGAGCCUAUGACUGGUCCUCCAUAGUGCAGCAUGUAUGUGAGCUGGAGGGAGACAGAAGCAGGUGGCAGGAGAAGGAGGCCAAGCUCCGAAGGACAGUCACUCGUGUCCUGAGGUGUGAUGUGACCAAGUCACCCGCACUGGGGUCGGCUCAAGUGCCGCUGGCUGACUGUGUGCUGACCUUCCUGGCCAUGGAGUGUGCCUGCCUUGAUGUGGACACCUACCGGGCAGCCCUGCGCAGACUGGCUGAUCUGCUGAAGCCAGGGGGCCACCUGGUUACCUUGGUCACUCUGGGUUUCCAGAACUACAUGGUGGGCCCCAAAAAGUUCUCUGGGGUCUACCUGGAGAAGGAGACGGUAGAGAAGGCUGUUCAAGAUGCGGGCUGCCAGGUGCUGAAAUGCAACUGCACCCCCCUCAGAUACUCGAAGGCCUUCUGCACGGGUCUCUGCUUUAUAGUUGCCCGCAAGAGCUCCAGUGCCUGAGGCCACUAGCAGAGAAGAGCCUUCCCUGGGGAGGUCAUAGCCAGCAUUUGUAUAGUCCUGCUUCAUGUCUUCCUGACACUGGUUAUGCUGCUUCUAUCUACUAGCUGAUCACAAGGUCACAAGGAAAAAACCCAAGCUUCUCUAGUUUCAGACCCAACAUCCCUCCCCGCUGCUCCUAACCCUAACCCUAAAUAAAGCUAAUUAAAAUAAAGU